CAUCCUUUGUUUCUUGUCAGCCUUUGUGUGCCAUCACCUCAUUUUUUCCACCAUUCCACAAUCAAAGAUUAUAGAUAUGCCCGCUGUUACAGCUUCAUCUGCUCCCUUUGUUCCCUCUCCAGCCGUCCUCAAGGCUGCCAUGCACCCCUCUGACGCUCAGGUCGACGCUGCGGCUCUUUUUGUCGCUGACAAAUCAACGCGCGAAUCAGCUGCUACCAAGCUCAUCGCUGUUGCACAAAAAGACGGUCCUCAUUCCAUCCAGGCCGUCGCACCCGGUGUGGUCAAGGCUCUUGCCGACAAAAAAUCUCCUGCAGCACGGGAGGGCGCUGCCCAGCUCAUCGCUGCCCUCUCUAAAUCUGCCGCAGUGAAAGCUCUCGAACCCGCUUUCAUCGAGUCCGGUAUCUACGCUUCACUCCUCGAGACUUUCGCCGACAAGAUGCCUGCUGUUCGGACCGCUGCCGUCGAGGCGGUGCGAGAAUACGUUGUCGCAAUGAACCCCUGGGCUACAGCCCUCAUCCUUCCCGCCCUUCUUCAUGAACUCAAAACUGCCGGUAAAUGGCAGAUCAAGACUGGAUCCCUUGUCAUCCUCAACCAGCUCGUCAAGAGCGCCCCUAUCCAGAUGGCCAAGCUUAUGCCUGACAUCAUUCCCGUCCUUUCUGAGAUUAUCUGGGAUACCAAGGCCGACGUGAAGAAGGCUGCCCGUGAUUCGCUCACAAAGGCUACCGCAUUGGUUUCUAACAAGGAUAUUGAACGAUUUAUUCCGGCUCUUAUCAAGGCCCUUAUUAAUCCCGUCGAGGAGGUGCCUAAUACUAUUGCUCUCCUGUCGGCCACCACAUUCGUUUCAGAAGUAGACUCGCCUACGCUCUCCCUAAUGGUCCCUCUUCUUUCUCGUGGCCUUAACGAGAAGUUGACCGCCACUAAGCGAAAAGUCGCAGUUAUUGUUGACAACAUGGCCAAGCUCGUGGACUCGCACAUCACCGUCCGACCCUUCAUUCCUAAGCUCCUUCCAGGUCUGCUCAAAGUUGAGACAGCCAUCGGUGACCCUGAAGCCCGCGGUGUUGUCGGCAAGGCGAUCGCCACCCUUCGUCAAGUUGGUCAGAUUCCCGAGGGUGACGGUUCAGACCUACCUCCCAUCAAGCACGCCGAUGCCGGUGCCCUCGGUCACUCCCUCGGUGCGAUCUACAAGAAGAUGGGUACCGAGAUUCACGUUGCUCACAUUGCUGCCAUCUACGCUUCUAACCUCGCUACCGACCUUGUCAUCGCCAAGAACUUCGACGUUCCUCAGUGGGAGACUUUGGCACCUUACCUUGCCUUUGUCUCAGCGACUCCCGACCCCGUCAUUGUAACUCGUGAAUGGGUCGUCAAGUCCGCCACCGAGGACGUCGAUGAUGGUGAGGUUCCCGAAGAUGAGGAGGAAGGCGAAGAUCUCUGCAACUGCCAGUUCUCUUUGGCUUAUGGUGCCAAGAUCCUGCUCAACACUGCAACUCUUCGUCUUAAGCGUGGUCACCGCUACGGUCUUUGCGGUAAGAACGGUACCGGAAAGUCCACUCUUAUGCGUGCUAUCACCAACGGUCAAGUCGAAGGUUUCCCAUCGCCCGACGAAGUCCGCACUUUCUACGUCGAGCACGACAUUGAUGGUUCCGAGGAAGACACUUCAGUUCUCCAGUUCAUCCUAAGCGACAAGCGUAUCCUUGCCAACGAAGCUGAAGUCAUUGAGACCCUUGCAUCUGUCGGUUUCAGUGACGAACGUCAAGCCCAGGCAAUUGGUUCUCUGUCUGGUGGUUGGAAGAUGAAGCUUGCCCUUGCCCGGGCUAUGCUUUUCAGGGCUGACAUCCUCCUGCUUGAUGAGCCUACUAACCAUCUUGAUGUCGUUAACGUUGCUUGGUUGGAGAAUUACCUCACGAACUUGAAGACUUGCACUUCGAUCAUUGUGUCGCACGACUCCGGUUUCCUUAACAACACGAUCACGGACGUUCUCCACUUGAACCGCUUCAAGCUCCGCAGAUAUCGUGGAAACCUCGAGAAGUUCGUGGCCCAGGUUCCUGAGGCCAAGUCUUACUACACUCUUGAGGCGGCCGAGGACUACAAGUUCAAGCUCCCUGACCCACCUCUCCUUGAGGGUGUCAAGACGAAGGAGAAGAGUUUGUUGAAGAUGCGCAAGGUUGGUUUCCAGUACCCCACGCAAGUCACCCAGCAGCUGUACGACAUCACCCUCCAAGUCUCUCUUUCCUCCCGUGUCGCUGUCCUCGGUCCUAACGGAUCCGGCAAAUCUACCCUUGUCAAGCUCCUCAUCGGUGACAUGGAGCCCAACAAGGGUGGUGAGAUCUGGAAGCACCCCAACCUGGUCAUCGGUUACGUCGCUCAACACGCCUUCCACCACAUCGACAACCACCUGGACAAGACGCCUCUCGAAUACAUGCUGUGGCGUUAUCAGACUGGUGAAGAUUUGGAGGAGAUGACCAAGGCCAACCGCCAGAUCUCGGAGGAGGAGGCUCAGAAGAUGAAGGAUGGAGCUGCUAUCGUUGUUGAAGGCCAGAAGAGGCUCAUUGAUGAGAUUGUUGCAAGGAAGAAGCUGAAGCAGUCGUACGAGUAUGAGGUUUCCUUCAAGGGUCUCAGUUCCUCUGAGAACAUUUGGUUGCCACGAGACGACCUCGUUAAGCGUGGUUUCGAGAAGAAAGUCAUCGAAGUUGACACCCGUGAGGCUCAACGCCUAGGUCUUCUCCGACCUCUCGUUCGUCGGGAGAUUGAGAAGCACUUUGCCGACUUUGGUCUCGAGCCCGAGUUCGUUUCGCAUAACACCAUGAGAGGUCUUUCCGGUGGACAGAAGGUCAAGAUUGUCCUCGGUGCCGCCACAUGGCGUCGUCCCCACGUCAUGUGCUUGGAUGAGCCUACUAACUACCUCGAUCGCGAAUCUCUCGCUGCUCUGAUCGAGGCGCUCAAGGUGUUUGAGGGUGGUGUGCUCGUUAUCACCCACAACCGUGACUUCUCAGAAUCCCUGUGCAAGGAAGUGUGGGCGAUGCGCGAUGGUCGUCUUGAAGCUUCCGGCCACAACUGGGUUGAAGGUCAAGGUUCUGGAGCCCGUAUCGACAAGAAGGAGGGUGAAGACGACGACCAGUAUGAUGCUAUGGGUAACAAGAUUGAGUCAAAGAAAGCCAAGAAGAUCACAUCGUCAGAAGCACGGAAGCUCAAGAAGGAGCGUAUGGCGCGCAAAAAGAGGGGUGAGGAUAUCACUGACGACGAGCUGUAAACGUUGUCGCCGUCGUUUCCUUUUCUAUUUUCACUCCUUGGCUUACGAUUAUCUAUGCGCUUACCUAUCCGUGUUGUCUGUUUUAUUAUGUGUACUUGUGGUAUAAUACUGUUCAUCUAUAUGCAAUAUACGGUUAUGAUGUUACGAACUUU